CACCUGAGAGGCAGCCCACGCCACCCGGGCCAUGCUCCGCGCCCGCCAAGCAUGCUGCUGAACAGAAUGUCCGCAGAGGACCGGCACCUGGGCUCCAGCUGCGGCUCCUUCAUCAAGACAGAGCCCUCUAGUCCGUCCUCAGGCGUUGACGCCCUCAGCCACCACAGCCCCAGCGGCUCCUCGGACGCCAGCGGCAGCUUCGGCCUGGCCCUGGGCACACACGCCAACGGUCUGGACUCACCGCCCAUGUUCACAGGCGCAGGGCUGGGAGGCACCCCGUGCCGCAAGGGCUACGAGGACUGUGCUCCCGGUCUCAUGGAGGACUCGGCCAUCAAGUGUGAGUACAUGCUCAACACCAUCCCCAAGCGCCUGUGCCUCGUGUGCGGGGACAUUGCCUCCGGCUACCACUACGGCGUGGCCUCCUGCGAGGCCUGCAAGGCCUUCUUCAAGAGGACCAUCCAAGGAAACAUCGAGUACAGCUGCCCAGCCACUAACGAGUGCGAGAUCACGAAACGGAGGCGCAAGUCCUGCCAGGCCUGCCGCUUCAUGAAAUGCCUCAAAGUGGGGAUGCUGAAGGAAGGUGUGCGCCUUGACCGGGUGCGUGGAGGCCGCCAGAAGUACAAGCGGCGGCUGGACUCGGAGAGCAGCCCGUACCUGAGCUUACAGAUUUCCCCACCUGCUAAAAAGCCAUUGACCAAGAUCGUCUCAUACCUCUUGGUGGCCGAGCCAGACAAGCUGUACGCCAUGCCUCCUCCUGGCAUGCCCGAGGGGGACAUCAAGGCCCUGACCACUCUCUGUGACCUGGCAGACCGAGAGCUCGUGGUCAUCAUCGGCUGGGCCAAGCACAUCCCAGGUUUCUCGAACCUCUCGCUGGGGGACCAGAUGAGCCUGCUGCAGAGCGCCUGGAUGGAGAUCCUCAUCCUGGGCAUCGUGUACCGUUCGCUGCCCUACGACGACAAGCUGGUGUACGCCGAGGACUACAUCAUGGACGAGGAGCACUCCCGCCUGGCCGGGCUGCUGGAGCUCUACCGGGCCAUCCUGCAGCUGGUGCGCAGGUACAAGAAGCUCAAGGUGGAGAAGGAGGAGUUCGUGACACUCAAGGCCCUGGCCCUCGCCAACUCAGACUCCAUGUACAUCGAGGACCUGGAGGCCGUGCAGAAGCUGCAGGACCUGCUGCACGAGGCGCUGCAGGACUACGAGCUGAGCCAGCGCCACGAGGAGCCGCGGAGGACCGGCAAGCUGCUGCUCACGCUGCCCCUGCUGCGGCAGACAGCCGCCAAGGCCGUGCAGCACUUCUACAGCGUGAAAGUGCAGGGCAAGGUGCCCAUGCACAAACUCUUCCUGGAGAUGUUGGAGGCCAAGGUCUGAGGGCCCGGCGCACGGACCAAUGCCCGCCCACCGCCAGCCCCACGGACGGACCAGCGCAGAGACCUCCACAGCCACCAGCCUCCACCGUCAGCCCCGUGUCACCACUCUGAGCUGU